AUGGCUAACAAAAACGGAGAAUCUUCUACACAGCCUCCUCCUCAGGUGCAGCCACCACCACCACAACAACAACAAAACGAGCAACAACCGCAGCAGCAGAAUGAUCAUGAUCAAGAGCAGGAGUCUCAUGGCGACACCUGUAGUUUUCCUCCUGCGCAGCAGGCUGGAAACACAGACGCGCGUUCCCGUGGUGGCAACACGGUAUUCAAGAGUGGACCGCUAUCUAUAUCAUCAAAAGGGCUUGGGUGGACAUCUUGGAAGAAAAGAUGGUUUAUCUUGACGCGCACUUCACUAGUUUUCUUUCGAAGUGACCCGAGCGCAGUCCAACAGAGGGGCAGUGAGGUCAAUUUAACCCUUGGGGGAAUUGAUCUCAACAAUUCAGGCAGUGUGGUUGUUAAGGCAGAUAAAAAGCUCUUGACUGUUCUCUUCCCCGAUGGUCGUGAUGGACGCGCCUUUACACUCAAGGCUGACACUAUGGAGGAUCUACAAGAUUGGAAAGCUGCUCUUGAAAACGCUUUGACACAAGCACCUAGUGCUUCCCAUGUUAUGGGUCAAAAUGGUAUCUUCAGGAAUGAUCAUGCUGAGGCCCCUGCCGGUGCUGAUGAACAGAAAGAGGAGACACCAACACAAUCAACUGUUCUUGGAAGACCAGUUUUACUUGCUCUAGAAGAUGUUGAUGGAGCUCCUUCUUUCUUGGAAAAGGCCCUUAGAUUUGUUGAAGAUCAUGGAGUCAAGAUAGAAGGAAUCUUGAGACAAGCUGCUGAUGUUGAUGAUGUUGAACAUCGGAUUACGGAAUAUGAGCAAGGGAGAAAGGACUUCUCUCCCACGGAAGAUGCUCAUGUUAUUGCUGAUUGUCUUAAGUAUUUUCUCAGAGAAUUGCCUUCCUCUCCGGUUCCUGCAUCUUGUUGCAAUGCCCUUCUUGAAGCUUGCCGUACUGACCGUGGAAAUAGAGUCAAUGCUAUGAGGGAAGCAAUAUGUGAAUCAUUCCCUGAACCAAAUCGGCGCCUUUUGCAAAGAAUCCUGAUGAUGAUGCAGGUUGUGGCCUCUAACAAGAAUGUGAACCGGAUGAACACAAACGCCGUUGCAGCUUGUAUGGCACCACUACUUCUUAGACCUCUUCUUGCUGGCGACUGUGAAAUUGAAAAUGACUUUGAUGUCGGCGGUGAUGGCUCUAUGCAACUUCUGCAAGCAGCAGCUGCAGCAAAUCAUGCACAGGCUAUAGUGAUUACAUUGUUAGAAGAAUAUGAAAGCAUCUUUGGAGAAGGUUCAUUGUCACCAGGCUUGUACUCUGACUCAGACGAGAGUGGUAGUGGAACGGAAGAGGGAAGUGAUGAUGAAGAGUAUGAUGAUGAGGACUAUGAUGGCACACAAGGAUCUGAUGAAUACACAGAUGAGGAAGAGGACCUUGAAAAUGAAUCUAAUGGCUCAUACAGUGAGAGUGCCGCUUCCGCCGACAAUCAUGGGGAUGACAUUGAUCCUGAUGAUGACUUUAAGAUAAAUGAUGGUUUAAGCUCUGAGUCCAAAACCCCAAAAGGAAAGAAGGAGCCUCAAGCUCCCAAGAAGCUUUUAUCUGGCAACAGACGAUCUUCUCUUCCACGGUGUGAUAGUUCCAAAAAGGAUGAGAAUAUACAUGUUAAAGGUUCUGAUAACGCAGAGGCAAAGGCUGUUGCAGAAGUCUCAAAAACUGAGGAUAAAAACUCAUCAACAUCAGAAUCUGCCAGUGAGCAACCGUCGACAUUAACCAGUGCACCAGGAGGAAGUAAAAGACUCUGGGGCCGUACCGCUGGGAAGAAAAACCUGUCGAUGGAGUCUAUUGAUUUCAAUGCGGAAGUGGACGAGGACGAUGCUGACAUUGAAAGACUUGAGUCAACCAAAGAGGAGCUGCAAAACAGAAUUACAGAGGAGGUUAAAAACAAUUCAGUUCUACAGGCUAGUUUGGAGCGACGGAAGAAGGCUUUGUACGUCCGGCGCCAAGCUCUAGAGAAAGAUGUGGAAAGACUACAAGAACAGUUGCAGCAAGAGAGAGACAAGAAAUCAGCUCUGGAGGCAGGACUAAACAUGUCAAAAGGGAACCAACCUAUUCCAGAUAUAAAGGAUGAAAAGUUGAAGAAAGAUCUGCAAGACGUGGCUCAGGCGGAGUCUGAUAUUGCCAACUUGGAACACAAGGUUGAUGAUCUUGAAAACAGACUUGGUGGUCAACAAGACGUAAAAACCUCGCAUGGUUCUAGCAAAGAUUCUCGGAGAAUGCCAGAGCACAAUGCAAAGAUGAAGGAGAAACAAAAGGAUGCUGAAGCAGCCAAGGAUGGGCAAGGCUCUGCAAGAGAUAAUGAGACAGAGAAGCAACAAGAUCAACGAAGCAAACAAGAGGUGCCACGUGGAAGCUCAAAGCAUGCGGGCAUGUCUAAGAGGUCUGGCUCAAAGGGAGAGGGAACAACAACAACAACUUCUGCACUUUCCAAACUGACAAUGCGGCUCAACUUCCUCAAGGAGAGACGGAGUCAGAUCGCGAACGAGCUCUUAAACAUGGACAAAGGAAGAAACCCAGGCCAAUCUAGUCCAUCCUCGGGUCCAAACCAAAGUUCGCAAGAAACUGAAAGAGGAACAGGGUCUAACCAUAACCAGAACCAGAACCAGGAAUCAGACAGCGGCAGAGUCCAUAGCCCACAUGUUCUUGAUAGAGGAAGAUCCGAGAACGGAGGAGGAGACAGAGACAGAGGCAGAGGAUCUGGAGGAAACCAACCCAACACUACAUCGAGGACCUUUUCCAGAUGA